CGCAGGGCUGCCCGCCCGCCGGCCGGCCGCUGCCGCGCUGUGGGGGCGGCCGUUCGCCGCAGUCCCUCUGCCGGAGCCGCCGGUCCCGGCCUCUCGCCCGUGUCCUCGCCCGCAAUAUGCCUCCGCUGCCCUCGGGCUGCUCGCCAUGCCGGGGACCUGCGGGCGCCUCUCCUCCCUGCUCCUGGGGCUGGCGGCCGCGAUGCUGCUGUCGCCGCCGCUGCUGCUGAUGGAGCGGCCGCCUCACGUCGGCGCCGCGGCUGCCGCCACCCGCCCGCAGCAGCAGCGGGCGGCGCUGCCGGGGGGCGCCCCCACCGUGCCGGGCUCAGGAUCUGUUUUUACACUAAAAGUUCAAGUAAAUGACAUCAUCAGUCAUCAGUACCUGCGACAAGCAGUUGUAGAAGUGUUUGUUAACUACACGAAGACAAAUUCUACUUUUACUGGAAACAAUGGAGCAGUAUUAAUAAAAGUUCCUUACAAAUUAGGAUUAAGUUUAACUAUUGUAUCGUACAAGGAUGGCUACAUGUUAACACCUUUGCCUUGGAAGACUGGGAGAAUGCCAAUAUACUCGUCUGUGACGCUUUCGUUAUUCCCACAAAGUCAAGCUAAUAUAUGGCUGUUUGAAGAUACUGUCUUAAUUACUGGAAAACUAUCUGAUGCCAAAUCUCAACCAAGUGUUCAGUUCCCAAAAUUUUUAAUAAAGCUUCCAACAAAUCACCAUAUUACAAAUGUUACAGCCUAUCUGACAGUGCCAGAGCAAUUUUUGAAAGUGGACAGCUUUCUCUAUACAACAGGAAUUCUUCUAAAUAAAUCAGGUUUCAAAAGCAUGGAAUUAGCUCCUCUUGCUGCAAUAUGCGUAAACGUUCUUUUGACUGGGAAAGAACUGAAAGUAAAUGGUCCCAUUCAGAUUACGCUUCCUCUUCCCACAAGUACUGUAAAAUCAGGAGAAGCUAUCCCUGCAUGGACAUUCGAUAUGAAAACUGGUGCUUGGGUAAGCCGUGGGCUAGGAAUGGUAAAGGAAGCAGAUGGUCAAUUAUUAUGGACAUACACUGCGCAACACUUAGGCUAUUGGAUAGCAGCUCCCCUUCCUGGAACAAGAGAAUCCAUUAUUAGUGCAGUUUCCAAGGACAUAACAGCCUAUCACACAGUGUUCCUUACGGCCAUACUGGGAGGUACUGUUGUCAUUAUCAUUGGAUUUUCUGCUGUCCUUCUUUGUUACUGCAGGGAUAAAUGUGGUCGGACGCAAAAGAAGGAGAAAAAUACAACUAAGCUGGAGGUCAUUAAAAAAGACCAGACAACAUCAACAACUCACAUAAAUCACAUCAACACUGUCAAAGGGUCUUUAAAGUUGGACGAUAAGUCACAGUUAUAUGCACCGAAGAUUUCUUCAUACAGCCCUCAAAGGAUGCCCACAGACACGGAAGAUAGAAAAUCACGAGACAAUUUUAAAAUAUACACAGAGGAUGCUUCUUAUCAGUCAUCCUGUCAGACUGGUCAGUCCAGAAAUUCAGCCCAUUCAUUGGAGCCUAAUGCUGGAGUUAGGCACUUACAGCAGCCAAAGCCUAGUAACAGUACUAUUUCCCAGGCUCCUAGGGACAUUCAAGACCAAAACAGAUACCUUUCACUGAAAGAGGAGAUGUAUGGGCUUUCCCAUAUCCCAGAACAUCUAAUGCAUGUUUACAAUCAACCUAUUGCUAUUCUUCAAACCUCUGACCUUUUCCACUCCCCAGAACAAUUGCAUCCUGCUAAAUCAGCAACUUUGCCAAGAAAAGGGCAGUUAGUAUAUAGCCCCAUGAUGGAACCCAUGAAUCGCGACAGCUACAUGCAAACAUUACCGAAAAUGCCCGUGCACUCUCAUCCACAGCCUUCUGUCUGCAGAGAUGAAAACAGUACAUUAGAUAGUGAAGAGGGCUUACCUUCUCAAACGUCAAACUGGGGCCGGUACACUAAUAGCUUACUGGAAUCUGUCUCCGUUCCUGGGACAUUGAAUGAAGCAGUUGUAAUGACUCCAUUUUCAUCUGAACUUCAAGGUAUUUCAGAACAAACAUUAUUGGAACUCUCUAAAGGAAAACCAUCUCCCCACCCUCGAGCAUGGUUUGUGUCCCUGGAUGGAAAGCCGAUUGCUCAAGUGAGGCAUUCUUUCAUAGAUCUGAAAAAGGGCAGAAAAACAGAGAGUAAUGAUACCAGUCUGGACUCUGGUGUGGACAUGAACGAGCAUCAUCCAGGUAGGAAACUGGAGAGAGAGAAAACUUUCAUAAAAAAUAUGCCGCAUUCUAAGAUCCUUUACUUGGAAGAUCUGGAUCUGAGUAGCAGUGAAAGUGGGACCACCGUUUGCACUCCAGAGGACCAGGCUGUGAGGCACAUUCUGGAUGGAGGGAAUGGUCCAGCCAUAGAACAUGAUGAAGAAGGUCUAAGAAGAAAAACUCCAUCAGGAAGUCAUGAGUCUGGUAUCCCUUCUGCUAAAAAAAGGGAUAGACCAUCUAUUAUGAAAAGAGAUAGCAAAACCAAUAUCUGGAAGAAAAGAGAGGAGAGGCCGCUUAUUCCUAUAAAUUAAAACACAAUGUGCUUUGUGGUGUUGCUCUCCCUGCUGGUUAUUGACCUUUUGGCUGCUUCUGUAAUUCUGCAGUGUUGGGUUUACAAUGGAAAUGUUGUUUUCUGGUACCAAGAAAAGUUAAAUUUUUUUAAUAUACAGAUUGAGUUACUAAACUUCAGCUGGGCAAUUGAUAUUCAAGGUGAAUUGAAAACAGGGAAAUGCUGCUAUUAAAAUUUUCCACUUCCUAAUUUUGCUGGCAGUAUAGGGAAGGCCCACAUUUUAAUUAGCUUGUCAUUCUUGGACGCGCCUCUGGGAAUGCACAGUGAGAAAUGUAGGCACAUGUUUUAAUUUUUUUGUACUUGUUGCGAAUGCAUUGGUAGACUAGUUAAAGCCAUUCUGUAGCCUUGUUCCUAAUCAAUGUGACCAUCUGUACAGUAUUUUAUAUGUGAAUUUUUCUAGGGAUCUGUUAGUACUUCUUUGUAUAAUGUAAAAUGUUUCAUCGGUUAGUCCCACAACACCAGCAGAUGAGCUCUGUUGGAUUUAUCAGCGGAGCUCUACAGCAUUACUGCCCUCCCUGUGUGCCCAUCCAUGUGCAGAAGGUUGCCAUUCCACAUAGCGGUGGCAGAAGGGGGAAGUGUACAAGCUCUGUGGCCGCUGCAGUUCAUGGUCCCCGCCGUCUUAAAAUGUUACCCAUCUGCUUUGUUUUAAUCUGUUUUGUUAUGAACUGUGUACGUUGAAGAUUGGCAUCUGCUAUGAAGUGUCCACAUCCAGCAGAAAAUGACUGAUUCCGGUAGCUUUCAAAGCUGCUGCUACUACUGAUCCCAGUGUCUUGUUCUGGCUUCGUUGUCAGUUAAAAUUUUCUCUUCUGCAUGCUGUUCGGCCAGUUGAGCUCCACAACAUAGUCUUGAAUCCCCGCAGUUUUAUAAGUUAGAGUUUAGCCCAUAAUGAAAAAGUAUGCAAAGCUGGACAAAUUAUGCCUUUAAAAUAGUUUCCUUUAGCAGGAAAGUUCUAUACUCUUGCUUUUUAUUUUAUAUUUAAAAAAAUGGAAGAUCAUCAGGGGUUUAUGUGCCUACAUUUUGCCAGCCUGAGCUACUUUUGUCUAGGUUGUGCAUCACAGAGGGAGGGGUUAAACAGGCUUUAAAAGUUGGGGAUUUUUGUGAGCAUGAGAGCAGAUCGCAAAAUUUGGUCUAUAAUGCAAUAUAAAUACUACUUAUGACUCAUCUGAGAGUUAAAUUUACCAAAAGUCAUGACUGCAUGAAAUGUAACUAAGAUAUGUAUAGAGGAAGGAAAAGGCCAUCAGAAUAUUUUUUAUUUUUAAUGUUCAUCUUGUCAAAGUGAUUAUUUCAACUCUGGCUAACAGAAAAGUAGAUGCAUCCCUUAAUGUGCUUCAGAUGGUAUAUCGAAUGUCUUUCUGUGGCUUUGAAGCUGUUUCCCUUAUGAAAUAAGUUCCAGCAUUUUGGCUUUGGCAGUUUGAUUUUAAAUAGUCCUAAAAAAGCUUUAUAAAUAUUUCUCUUAGAGCUUGAUUAAGGUUGUAUACCGAGACCCAAACAUACAAUGCCUAUAUCUGAACUGCGGGGUGAGAUGCACUUGGUUGCUUGCCCUAUAGUACAAUCCAGAGUUGGGAAAUAUCCUAUGCAGCUGGGCUUCUGGGAAUAUUUACUCAGGAAACAUUACUGUGAAAUAUGUCUGUUAAGUUGGGAUUGUCAGUUGUCUGGUCCUGUUCCUAGAAGAAUAUGCGAGGUAACCAAAAUGGUACUAGCAAUACAUCGAUACAACUUCUUCUGGUGUGCAGUUGCUUCAUGAAGAAAAUAGGAUGUUCCUAUUGAGUUUACAAGUAUGAAGGUGCAAAAUAAGUUUGAGAUAGGUGUGCAAAUAAGUGGCCAGAAGAAUCUUCAGAGGUGAAGAUGGCUUAUCAUAUUAGCAUGCCUUUGGCACUCUUUUUAGGUAACUGUAAUUCAAUUUUCUUACACCGAAUAGAUUUUCAAAAUACUUUUUUAUAUGCAGUUCCACUGGUUUUUGUGUAUGACUAACUCCCUAGCCCCAAAUACUGAUAUGUACAUCUUUUGCAUUGUUAUAUAUGUUAGGAAUAUAUAUAUUUUGAGUGUAGAUGUACAUUUCUUCCGAAAGCUGCUUUGACUUUUCAGGUUUAAUAUUGCCCUGCUCUUAGAGUUGCAUCAGUUCUGAUGGCUGCUUUUUCAAAAAGAGAAUAUUCUAUAUUCUGUUGAACAUAACAGAAAAUCCCUGACAAGCUCAUGGUUUUGAGGUGUUAAUAUUAAGUUGAUGUUUGUCUACUUGAAAUUUUGUUCACCUACAGUAACUUAAAUACACUGAAGAUUUUUUCAAUGCAUUUUUUCAUUGUAUAUACCAAAAAGAUUUAAUUCCUUGAGCUUACUUGUAUUGUUAUAAAAUGCAGACUACUGUAAACGUGAGUUCAAAGGAACGGAAUUUUGCACUCCAGUGUUCUUGUUCUGCAUCUGAGUAGGUAUCUGGUCACCAAAGAAAGAGGAUGAGAAAUGUUGAAAAGAUCAAUUAUAACUUUGGGACUUCAAAGUAAUGGCACCAAAAGACAUUUUGAUGUAGUGCAGAUUCUCAUGCGCUCUGCUAUGUGAUCAAGAGCAAAGAGCCGAGUUCGGUUCUGUACUGUCAUUUAAAGGAGCUUUUGGCUGUCUGGAUUAGUCAUGAAAUUUACCCUGCACAUGUGGUAGUGCAAAAUGGCCCCUUUAAAGGCUAUGCAUCAGUGAUGCACUUCAGCUUUUAGCCAGCAAAGCAAGUCAGAGUGGAACAGAUCAUCCUGCAACAGUUUCUUGCUGCUAGGCUUCUCAGUAGCAGGAAGAAAGGUAGAAUAAAGUUUUUGGAAAAAUAGGCAUCUUAUCUAUACGAUUGGUAUUACUACUAGAUAGUAGCUCCUCCCUUGCCAAAUCAGGGUGCUGGCAUUUCUUUUAGUGGGAUAUUUAAAUUCUUUCCUGGAGAGCGCAUGCUGCGCUUCUGGUAAUACCAUUUCCAAGGCUGCCUUUAGCUGUUGCCUCUAUCCAUGCCAGUCAAGCAACAGCUGUCUUUGCUUGCUUUGUAGAGCCCAUAUGCCAACUUUUCUGUGUGUAACUUGCUAGCAUUUAUUGCAUAAUGUCUUCUGCUGCUGGUAACACUUGAAAAGACUUCUCUGAAGUCACGUUUUAUAUUUAAAAUAAAUACAUAACUUGUUUUCUGUGUCAGAAUAUGAGAAAUUAUUGCUGCAGUUGUAUCUGCAGAGAGAACUGCUACAUGAAAACAGGUGAUGCCCCUAAGCACACAAUGGCAGGGAAUUCUUCCUUGGCUCUGUUAUGAGCAUUAAAUCUUGGAUUUUAAAAACUCUAUAUAACUCUGAAAUUGCUAGAAUUAUACUUAAUAUUUAUAUUCAGUAUUUACAGAAUAUAUUAUCUAAGUCUUCAUGUUCCAGCUGUAUGUUGGAAUUUAUGCACUGGAAACCUAUAUUACCUAUUAGCAACUGGAAUUCUUUUUUGUUUUAGACCAUUUAAAAAGGAGUUUGACUACAUGGAGUUCUAAAAAUUUUAACUCCAGAGAUAACCAUACAUGAUGUGUAACAUAUGGGGAAAAGACAGAAUGUUACCAUGAAAUUUGUCUUUGUGGUCAAACUACUGCUUUUCUGUAUUUCUCUAUUACAAUUUUAACAUAAGAAUGUAUAGGAAUCACUGAAUUUAUUUUUUAAGAUUUCUUUCUGUUGGUGCAGUACUGCAGCACUAACAGAGUGCUAAAAUGCUAGUGCUAAAACUAGGUCUAUACAAAAAGUAGCAGGGAUUAGUGGCACACUGCUCUUGGAAAGACCAGGCAAGCAUUCAGAGGUUUCGACUUCUUUGAAUCUCGAGGUUAAUUACCUUGAGAAUAAGUAGGCCAUGUCUGAAGCACCUUUAAAGCAAGCCUCCUCUAAGGAGAGGGGAAUGAGGGGGAAAAUUGGAAAGUCUAUAGCUUCUUUCUGAUUCCUGUUUCCAAACUCAUAUAUAUAUUUGUGCUUUGGUGGAAUCGAUUCUUUUUGAAGGACACAAAUAUUUGCAAAAACUAUGUCUCGGAUCUUCACAAGAUGCUUCUUGAGCUGUCAGCUCUUGCAAAAAAAACCACAUACAGGUACGUACAGUUUUAAGUGAAAGCUGCUAGGUAGAUACAAAACACUUAUGACCAAACUUUUAUGUGUAUCGAAGGUGAAAGUCAGUUAAUAAACUCCAGUUUCCCCUCCAUUAUUGCAAUACGUGAUGUUGAGGUUCUUCUUGCAGAAGGGUAUACCAGUUCCAGGACUUACCUGUUUUUGAUAAGGUGGUUAAUGAAGUUAGCCAAGGCUUGCUUCUGCAGAUUACUUCAUGUGGCUUAGGUCAGUACUUCGAUGUAUCAUAAAUUAAGGGAAGUGAUCAGUCUAAAUAGUGUGCAGCUGUAUGUACAUUAAUCUGGAUAUGUUUUGUAGAAUAAGCUAAUUGACAGUAAUUUUUAGAUUGCUACCAAAUGCCACAUAGUAUAGAAUUUGAAAAAAAGGGGGGGAGGGAUCUCUUAAAAAAUCCAUUUGAUUAACAGGAAAAAUCUUUAUAGUACUAUCAAAAAAUAAAAGAACUCUGCAUUUUACAAACCUGAAAGCAAAACUGAUUUGAUGAUUAGGGGUAUUAUUUACCAAUGUAGAGCUAGAGAUGAUUCACAGAAAUAAUCCCGGGUGUAGGAAUGUUUAGUUGUCUGCUUUGUUUUUAUGCAGUAAUUUGUACCAAAGAGGAUGAAAUGAAUGGGCACCAACCUAAACUCUUCCCAUUAGUUAGGAAGUGAAACAGGUUAACACUACUACUGAUCUAACACUGUGCAAAUUAAAAGGCAGUACACUACAUCCCUACUGCAUAUUAGAAAAAAAAAAUGAUGAUAGAUUAGCCUGCUGAAGUGCCUUUCUCUUUCAUCAGACUUAUUUUAUCAGUGGGACAGCUGAUGAUCUGAAAAGCACAUUAUAGGUUUUUUUUUUUCUGUUAGCCAAAAAAUCCGUAGUUCAUACUUAAAAUUAUGUAGCUUUUAUAAUAUUUUAAAAGGCAGAUCUAGUGGUUUUUAUGUUGGAAUACUGACUCCUGCAUGUUGAUGGUGAUGGUAAUUGUAAACCCUGUUUUUUUGUAUUUUAUGUUUUGAAGAGAAAUAAAAAAAAUAUAUCUUUAGCAAUCUGAACAGUAGUGUCUUUUAAAAACACACAUAUGGGAUCUGAUUCACUUCAUAAGUUAAGAGCAUUUUGAAGUCACUGGAUUUGCAAGUAUGAAACUGGGUCUUUAACUUCAGAAAUGAAAUUAAUAUAUGUUAAUAUAUAAAAACUAUUAUAAUGAUAAAAAUAAUUUUUUUCAUCUUCUAACCUUCCUCGCCAGUAGAAGCAGAUGGUGUGUGGAGAUAGGGACUUAAUUCUUACUUUCUAGAACCAAUUUUUAUCUCAGUUUGGAGCCUAACCUCCAUUGUUUAUCUAUCCCAAGCUUCUGGUUUUUAAUUUUUUUCUUAAUUCAGUGGAAUUAUGCAAAACCAGUGCUAUGCUUAUAGAGUUAAAAAUGAGCAUUCUUUUAUAGUAGUUACAGUAUAGUAGCUAUAGUAGUAGCACUUAUUUGUGCCACACUUCUGACAGUAGGCAGCUAGCUUUGUGUUAAAGAAUUUAUAUGAAAUUAGUUUCAUUUAUAUGAAAAGUGGUUUAAAUUACUUUAAUCUGAGUUUCAUUUUCUUUUUUAAAAGCACUAUUCAGUCCAUUCUGAUUACCAAAAAACUAUGGCUUCAGAUUUUUUUCUUUUUAAGACUGGCAGGGCAAAACUGUCAUUAUUUUUAGUACUAGCACUCUCAGCUCAAAUGUUAUUUUACCAAAUGAAUUUUUUUAAGUCAGUUUAAGACUUAUUGAACAUUCCUGUAUUCCCCUUCCCCAAAAUCUACUGGUACUUUUUUCCCCAGUUAACUGAUUCAAUUCCUUUGAAGCACUUGUUGCACUUCAGUCCAUGUUAGAGCGGUAAUAUUUUUACAACACCUUGUUAUUGCAUAGAAGGGCACUUUUUAGUGCUCAUAUAAAAAGCCUGGCUCCGAGAUGCUGUAACAUAGGUGAACUGAUGGCACUGACUGUGCUCACCACCUUGCACGUUGGAGCAUUAGGUUCAACAAACACUGCAUUAUCUUGGCAAUCAUUUUCAAAAACACUCUAAUAUCAGUAUUGUUCAUGUAAAACAUUCUUGAUAUUCAGCAUCCUGGUUUUAAGUAUUUCUACCUUUUUAUAUUUUGUCAGAGGUGUCUUUUCAUCUCUAUUUACUACAGUAUCAAGUGUAUCUGUUGCUGAAAAUGUAACUAAGAUUUGUAAACGGUUAUAGCUUAUGCAAUAUAAUAAAAGUUUUAAAAAGUCA